AUGGAAGGUGACGUUGAUGGCACCGGGUCUGAUGCAGCUGACACAGUUACAUAUGAUAACAUGAGUGAUGAGGAUGCGGUAGAUGAUGCUAUGAAUGAGGGAAAUUCAAGCGAUGAAGACCGCAAUGUCCAACACCAUACGUUUGAUAGGGCAUUGCCUGUGAAACACACAUACUUAGGAAUGAAUUUGGAAGAAUUGAGGGGAAGAACACUCUUGGAUGAUGAUUCAUAUCAAACUAUACCAUUAUUGCCAGAACCUGGAGUAGUUUUAGUUCCUGGCCAAACUUUGCCACUUACUGUCUUCUAUCCUCCCACGAUUAGUAUGCUUCGGAGAACUAUCACCACUGAUCAUACAUUUGGAGUUGUUUGUGUGAGAUAUGCUACAUCUCACCCUCCUAUUCUUGCUGACAUUGGAACCACUGCUGAAAUCUAUGCUUUUCAGGAUGAAGAAGAAACUGCUGGAUUCAAAAUAAAAGCUAUAGGCCGUCAGAGAUUCAAGAUUGUUGAAACACAGAGGCAGAUUGAUGGGAAUGUAUCAGCAAAAGUCAGAAUUUUACCAGAAAUUAUUUUAGGAGAUCCCCUGGCAGGAGCUAGCUUUUCAUCUUGUGACAAAUACAGGAAAUCUGCAAAAAAAUUGAAAAAUUUAGAAAAUAGGGAAGCCGUAGUCACUCGAUGGCCAUCUUGGGUAUAUUCUCAAUUUCAGACACAAAAAUUAAUGAAGAAACUCAUUCAUCUCCUUCGUCACAUGAAAAUAGGAAACACUAAUGCAUCUUUUCCAACUGAUCCAGUUGAACUAUCAUUUUGGGUUGCACAAAGCGUACCUCUCAGAGAUGAACAAAAAUUGGACUUACUAAGAAUAGAUUGUGCAGUUCAAAGACUUAGAUGGGAACUUAGUGUACUGGAAAGAUGUCGCAUUUUGUGUUGUCAGAAAUGCUCUUCAAAAAUUGCUUAUCAACGAGAUAUAUUUUCCAUGUCCGUAGAAGGUCCCCAAGGCACAUAUGUUAACUCUGGAGGUUAUGUGCAUGAAACCGUGACAGUGUACAAAGCAAAGGGUUUAAGAUGUGUAAGUGAUGAACCUUCUACAGAAUAUUCUUGGUUUCCAGGAUAUGCUUGGACAAUCACAGAAUGUCGUCAUUGUCAGACUCACAUGGGGUGGUUGUUUACUUCAACCCAACCUGAAUUGCGACCAGCAAAAUUCUGGGGAUUGUGUCGUCGUUCAUUGGCACCAAAAUUGGAAACUGGAGAAAAUGCUGAAUUCAAACCUGUAAUGUAG